UGUUAUAAGAUGAUUGUGCAGGGAUAAAUUUACAUUAUAGCUUUUAGUGUAACUGUGGUUGCCUUGGGCAAAUUUGUAUUAUAAACGAUACUAGGCUAUUAGGUGUAAAUAUAACCUAACCCAAUUAAUUCUAGUGGUUUGGCCUUAUUAGUACUAAACAAGUACUCAUCAGGCUUGUUUUCACAUAUGUGCACAUUGAAAUCUUUACUUAAUCUUAAUCUCUAAUUACUUUACGAAUUGUCUCAAUCUCGUAUAAUAAAAUGUGCUGAUUCUUUCAAUGUUUAAUGUGCAAACAAUGGUUGAGAGGGUUUGAACAAAUGAGCUCUGAUAUUUGUAAUAUAAGAGUAUCUUGUUCUCAUAAGAGUGUGAAUAUUUUUUGUUGAGUAAUGAAUAUUAGAAUUACUUACGGUAGUUUAUGUAUUGCAGUUUGUUGGUAGAUCUGUAGAUUGUUAUUAUUUUAUAGUUAAAAAAUGUUAUUUAGUCUGCAGUAUAAUAUAUAUUUUUGUUAACUGUUAAAGUAAUGCUAGACCAUUAAUGUAGAUAGUUACCUACAUUGUAUAGAAAGGAUUUUGUAAAGCCUUUAAUACAUAUUGGUUGAAAGUUAUGCUAGAAAAUUUAUUUUAGUGUUGGAAGUAUAACUUUUGUAUUCUUACCAUUUAAAUAAGCUAUAUUAUUAUGCCAUUUAAUUAAGCUAAUAUUAUAUAGUUUUAAGCUAGUUGUUUCAAAGCAUUCAGGAAUAACACCAUGAACAAUCAUCACCUUGCAAGAAAGUUGCUUAUUCAGUCUUCAUUAAUUUUUCGAUUUUCAAAUGUAAAAAGAGUAUCUUUGUUGCGUGUUGCUCACCCAUGUUACUCUUCAACUUCAUCAGAAAGGCCUCAAUGCAAGCUUGUUAUCUUUGACAAAGAUGGUACACUCACAUGCUUUGAUUCUAUGUGGGCACCAUGGUGUGAAGAAACUGCUGAAAGAUUAGAAAAAGCUUCUGGAAAGACACUAUCUGAUGUUUUUUAUGAUUUUGUUAACUAUGACAAGAAAUCUCAAAAAUUUGGUCGAAGUAAAUUAGCACACGACACAAAUGCUGUAUUGAAAGAUCAAUUAGCUGAAAUUCUUAAUAAACAACAUGGAAUAAAUCUUGAUGAUGCAAACUCAUUCAUUUCUUAUGCUUGGACUGAUACAUUCUCUACCGAUGAUUCCCAUACCAAUGCUGUCAAACCAUUAGGAGAUGUUCGAACAAUAUUUCAAACUUUAAAAGAGAAUGGCAUUAAAGUAGCUGUAUGUACUUCUGACACAAGACCGAGCGCAAAAUUAGCUUUGAAAUCGCUUGGUGUUGCUGAUAUAGUAGAUAGAUUGGUUUGUGGUGAUGAUCCUGAUAACACUCCAAAACCCGCACCCGAUAAUGUUCAUAUGAUUUGUAAAGAUCUUGAUGUUAAAGUGGAAGAUGCUGUUAUGAUAGGUGAUACUCAUUUCGAUACCGUCAUGGGCAGGGAUAGUAAAUGCGGAACAGUGAUUGGGGUUUUGACAGGACAAGUUGAUGAAUCUGAGCUUGAUGAUGCACAUUAUGUUGUUAAUUCAAUUGAUGAAGCUCUGCCUAUUCUUCUAAAAAAAUUGGGCAAAGUUGAUUGUAAUAUCAUCAGAAAUAAACAGUUUUCCCCAUCUGCAAUCGUUCGUUAUUCAUCAACUUCAUUAGAAACGUCUCAAUGUAAGCUUGUUAUAUUUGAUAAAGAUGGGACUCUCACAUGUUUUAACUCAAUGUGGGCGCCGUGGUGUGAGGCUACAGCAUCAAGAUUAGAAAACGCCUCUGGGAAGAAACUCUCAGAAGAUCUUUUUGAAUAUUUUAACUAUGAUAAGACGACACAAAGAUUUGGUCGAAGUAUAUUGGCUCAUGAUACACAUGGAGAAUUGAAAAAAGGAUUGGUCGACGUUUUAGCUGGACAACAUGGAAUAGAUAUAGAUGAAGCAAAAUCACUCAUUUCUCAUGCCUGGGUUGAUUCAUUUGAUUCCACUGACAAAUGUCAUACUCUCACUGUCAAACCGUUGGGAGAUGUUCAAUCAGUAUUCAGGACUUUGAAGGAAAACGAUAUCAAAAUAGCGGUGUGUACAGCUGAUUCAAGAAUUGGUGCUGAACUCAGUUUGGAAGCUCUUGGCGUUGCUGACGUGAUUGAUAGAUUGGUUUGUGGUGAUGAUGCUGAUAACACUCCAAAACCUGCACCCGAUAAUAUUCAUAUGAUUUGUGAAGAUCUUGAUGUUAAAGUUGAGGAUACUGUUAUGAUAGGUGAUACUCAUUUUGACACAGUCAUGGGAAGAGAUAGUAAUUGUGGAACAGUAAUUGGUGUUUUAUCUGGACAAGUGGAAAAAUCUGAUCUUAAGGAUGCACAUUAUGUUGUUAAUUCAAUUGAUGAAGCUUUGCCUAUACUUCUUAAUGGCCCUGACUCGAACAGUCUUCGUAAUGCAGGUAAUUCUCCGAGACAUGCUGAGCAUUCAACAAGAAUGUACAAAACAAGCUCAUCAGAAAACAGUACAAUGAGUGGAAGUACAUCACCACAACAAGACUGAUUCUUGAAUUGUAGAAAAUAUAUCAGUAUACUUUAUAAAAUUAAUUUUGGAUUUUUAAUUUAAUACAGGGUGACUGACACCCAAAAAAACAGAACCCAGGUUAUUUGUAACAUAUUCUAGAGGGAACUUAACUUUUGUGCAAAGCAUUCACGAUGACUAAAACUUCUCUGUACAAUGAUACACAAACUAAAG